GCUCUCUCUCUCACUCUCUCUCUCUCUCUCUCUCUCUCUCUCUCUCUCUCUCACACACACACACACACACACACACACACACACACACACACACACACACACACACACACACACACACACACACACACACACAGUUGCAGGGCUGGAGCUGCCGCAAAGCCCCGUCCUCCUCCUCCUCCGCCUCCGGGGCUUUUUAAACACCGUGUUCGUUUCUUCUUCUUCACGCUCUAACAAUAUCAACCAAUCGAAGAGGCGCAGCGCUGAACGCAUCGAACCGACGACGGCGGUCAUCGUGGGAACGUCGCCGUGGAGCCCGAACCGAUAUGGUCUGAGAGGAAGAUCGGCAUCAUUAUCGGCAGCAGCGGCAGCAUCGUUAGGUGUGAAAAGGAGAGAGAUUGUGGGGUUGCGGGUCACCGAGUUUGACGCCUAAUCUGCCUUUAGCAUUGUCGCUCUCGGUGAAGGUAAUGCACGAAGGAAGUGGACUCGGUGAAAUGUGACCGUAAUCCCGAUUUUUCUUCUUCUUCGAUGUGGUUGGGACUGCAGCCGACUCGGUCGUUGCAGCUUGCUCGGUCCGUUGAUGCAGCAGUGCACGGCUGUGGGCUUCACAUCCACCACCGGAGCUCCGAAGACAAAAGGUGAAAUCCACGCCGGCCUGGACUCCUCCCGAUCCCGCACUGAACGAGCCUCUCAAUCCGCUUCGGCUCCUUCACAUUAGGUAGGUGGUUAAUUCGGUUUCUAUCCCAGACAGUCGAAGCUUUGAUGUCCACGGACACGCAGCCCUGAAGACACUUCUCGCCUUUUCUCCUCCCGGUUGCCUUGACGACUGCGCGAGACUGCGGUAGUUUUACCGGACAAAGCGGGUUACUGCUCGUUAAUCCGGGUUUACUUCUCAUUUAACGAAGAAAUACGACCUGAGACUCAAACGGACGAUGAUAGGCUCGGCUGGGUUGACCUACAUGUGUCGGUACAGUAAAGGCAGCAGAAUGUCAGAGUCGUGCUUGUGUGUGUGUGUGUGUGUGUGUUUUCUGUGUGUUUCGGCCAUUUCCCCAACAGUGCGGUUAUCAUCUCAGGGAGUCUGUGUUUGCGGUUUUUGUGCGUUAAAGGGGUGAUGCGGGGUCGCAGUCAGCCAUGCUUUUGUCAUGUACCAUAAUAUUCCGGAUCUGAGCUCCACUAUGAGCUCAUGGGCUGCUGCUGCUGCUCACAAAGGAGGCUGUUUACAAUCACAUUUAACUGGUUAUUAUUUCAUUAUCAAGCUGUUUAAGAAGACUCAUUUAAAGCCUGUAGAUUAAAGGUUAUAUCCACAUUAUCAACAAACAAGAUUAACAAAGAAUAAAAAUAGAGAAAUGUCCGUUUUUUGUCAUAUUUAUGGUGGUUUGACAGGAUAUGAGGAGUUUGUCAUAUUGCAGUGUUUAAUCUUUACAUGUCCAGGUGUGUCUUUGAUGGAAAAAGGUUAUGUAUUAUAGAAAAAUGUAAAUAUUAGCAGUAAGGAGCACACUUUUCAUGGAAGGUCAUUGCUCAUCUGUUGUAAAGUUCCUGUGAAUUCUGGCGCCCCCUCUGGACAGUUGUAUUCUCUACAUGCUCAAAUAGAAAAGAAGAAGUAAUUCUGCUGACUUUUGAAUAUAAAAUAUGUGAUCAGUUUAAGGAAAUGUUUCAGAUAUUAACAUUUAGGAAAUGUUAAGUUUGGAAAUAUAAUUUGAGAAAAUAGAGAAAUGAAAUGACCACGUCAUUUUUACUGUGGUUUGACAGGAUAUGAAGAGUUUGUCAUAUUGCAGUGUUUGAUCUUUACAUGUCCAGGUGUGUUAUAGAUGUGAUAAAGGUUAUGUAUUAUUGAAAAAUGAAAAUAUUAGCAGUAAGGAGUGACUUUUAAACAAGUCAUUACAGGUCUGUUAUGCUGCGUUCCAGUUACCUCAGAAGUCAAAUAUCCGCGUUGGGAAUUCAGUUAGCAUGUUGGAAAAACGUAAAACCGGAGGCGGAAACAAGAUGGCUACAUCUUUGAAAGUUAUUUUAGCAUUUGUUAUUUAGUUAUUUGAAGUUAUGUACCACCCCAUUUCAUAGUUGUAGCCAUCUUGUUUCUGUCUCAGAUUUUGCUUUUUUCCGACUUGGUAACUGAAACGCUGGAAACUCAGGUGUGACGUCAUUCCCAGCUUGGACAUCUGACUUAUUAAAGCCCCUGUGAAUUCUGGCGCCCCCUGUGGAUAAUCCUAUUCUCUACAUGCUUAAAUAGAAAAAAUAAGUCAUUCUGCAAACUUUUGAAAAUAAAAUAUGUGAUUAGUUCGAGGAAAUGGUUUCAGAUACUAAGAAUAACCAUAUGAAAAUCAUUAAUCCUGUUUUUGGAUAUCAUAAUAAAGUCGUUUAUAUUAAUUUCAGUCUUUCUACAGACGUCCAAAAACUCCUCACAGGAGCUUUGACCAGCGACGCUGUAAACGGGCGAAUACUUAGUACGACAGCACGGCUGCUAGUCUAGUAUCGGGUUUAUUGUGAACAAGAUAAAAAUGUAAUUGUGCUUCUUGGACUGGACAUUAUAAUGGACACAUAAUAUCUCUACUCAGUCAUUAAAAACAGUCAGAUUUACUGAGUGACACAUCAAUGGUUUACGUGUGCAUCAGGUCAUCUCUGUGCCCUCCUGACUGUCUCAGGUUUUAUCUUGUAUAUCGCCUGUACCUAUCAUUGUUAUUAUUAUGUAUAUUAUGUAUAGAGCUCUCCAAUCUCGUUGUACCUUCUGUAUUCUGAUUCUGAUUCACUGUGGUUUCAUGUUUCUCUACAGUGUCCACGUCAGUCAGGUCAGAGAGUGAGGCCAAACUCUCGUAGGUCGCUGGAUCAUCAUGGCGGCCGUGGUGAACUACUCUCCGCCUUGGUGGGUCAACCUGCUCCAUCGGUUGCCCCACUUCAACAUCGAGUUCCAGCUGGUGAGCAGUGAUUUCCGACCGGAGGACUCCGAGUAUCAGAAGGUAAGACAAGUACAGGAGAAUAAUUCCCUCCCACUCGGGAUUCAUCAUCAUCAUCAUCAUCGUCCUCUUCAUCAUCAUGCAGCAUCACCUUCUCAUCACACCUCCUGCCAUCUACCCACACUGUAAUUUCACAGCAGAGUGGCCAAGUAGUGACUGAGGCUGUCCUGCUACCACAGAGUUGUGGGUUCCCUCCCCGCAUCGAUCAAUACUUGGACUUGGUGUGUAAAUGAGAGAGAGAGAGAGAGAGAGAGAGAGAGAGAGAGAGAGAGAGAGAGAGAGAGAGAGAUGUCCUUGAAUGGAGACGCUGACCUGCUGCCUGCUCUAUCGUGGUUAUGGGCGAGCGGUCAGCAGAAACUGUUGGUGGAUUUAUGGAGCAGUGCGGUGAUUCCCAACCUGGAGGUCAGGAUCCUCGAUGGUUGGAGAAUAAAUCUGAGAGAAUUACUCGGAUUAUUUAAAACUGGUUCCUUCACGGCAACAUGGCAGCUCCCUCUCUGUAUUCGGAGUGUUCUGAGCAGCGGUGCGGUGGCUGAAAGGUUCCUGGUUUGAAUCCUGAGGCCCUCCUGAUCAGUGGAGUUUGCAUGUCCUCCUCUGUGCAUGUGUGGGUUCCCUUUGGGCGCUCUCGCCUCCUCCCACAGAGCAGAAACACGCUUGUUAGGCUAAUUGGUUGCUCCGAGUCGCACGCAGGUGUGCGUGUGUGUGUGUGUCUGGUUGUUUGUGUACAUGUUAGGCAUGUGAUAGACCGGCCACCUGUCCACUCCAGGGUGUUACUCACUUUGGGUGGCAUGGGAUGGGAUCCAGCCUCCACACCAAAACAGUGGAUGGAUUUUAGAUCGUAAUCCGAUUAUUUAUUUAUGACGAUGUUAAAAAAAUUAGAAUCGUCAAAUUGAUUUUCCUGCCUAUCGUGUCUUGCGCCUCCAGGCCACCGUAGGUUCCCCCUUCCCUAGUUCCCACACACACCAGUGUAAACAAACAUGGUGUUUACUAAAGAAGACGAUAAUUUCGUGGUUAAAUAGGACAAGAGCGAGUCAUUCGUGUUGAAUUGGUAUGACUUCACAGUUUCAGAUGAAGAGUAAACCACUCCCCGCUGUAAAGUCUGUCUGAAGGCGGUAUCAACCCGUCACCAUGGAAACGAAUUCAGGAGGAAACGCUAAAGUUUUUUGUCGUAUCGGCGUUUCAGGUGCUUUUUGAAUAUUUCCUGUGUAGCGUUACAGCGCCACUUACUGGCCUGGCAUAUGAACUACAUCGUUUUUAGUGGUUUCGUUUUGAGAGACGAUAGAAAAACUUUUUGGUGAAGUUGUCAGUGAAUAAAACAUAGAAAUUUGAGUUUUGUUGAGAAAAGAAUCAGGAUUUCAUUUUUGGCCAAAAUCGUUCAGCCCUCGUGACACCGUGAUGAAACUGAAUACAUGACAACAACUUUAGCUGAUGGAAAACUAAAGUGAGGCGAGUCUUGUCUGUGCGAGGCAACGAGGAGAACUUUGAAGGGACAGAAUAUGAUGUUAAAUUUGUUUCAUGAUAAAGUCGGAUCUCUCUGCAGGAUUAUGUUUUAUAAAAGAUGAUGUAUUUUAAGAGGGAAGAUCACUCUUCAUUGGAUUAAUAAUUAAUUGAAAAUAUAUAAGUUAGGGGAAACACUCAGAAUCGAUGAGAGCGAUUCCUCUCACCGGCUGAGUCUGCAGCGCUGCAUAGAAAGCAGCUCUCUCCCUCCCUUCCUCCCUCUCUCCCUCUCUCCCUCUCUCUCUCCCUCUCUCCCUCCCUCUCAAAGACGGGCUUUGGCCCAGUUUUUGCUGCAUUUCAUUUGAAUCCUCAAACAAGGUGACUUUCAGGUCCCUGCACCAGAGAAAAACACACACACAUGAAGUAAAGACACAUCACUCAGGAGGCUUCAUUCAUACGCUCCAAUGUGGUCUGCUGACAUGUAUGGGGGAGAGGAGGGGGGGAUGGCGUGUGAGUUCAAGAGCCGAGCGUGGGAAGGCACCCACGACCAUGAACAAGGGAGGGAGAUUUGGGAACCGGAGAGAGAAGCAGGGAGAGAGAGGAGGAGGAGGAGGAGGAGUGAGAGAGAUAAAAAGGGAGUGAUUGGAGGCGAGAGGAGCCGGAGAAGGCUCCAUGAGCCAUGGGAGGUGCUCCUAAAUUGCCAAAUAGCCACUUCCUGCGAGCUAUUCAGCGUUUAACUAAGGGCCUUUGUGAGUGUGUGUGUGUCAAUGUGUGUGACCACUGGAAUUUUAAGGACCCCCUUUUAGGACUAAUUACAUCCUGGCAUAUUUGAGCAGACGGAGCUGUUUCUAUGUCAGUGAGCAGCAUCCUGCAGGACCAUCAUGUGAUCGUUUGUCUGUAGGUUCAUAUUUAUAUGUACAUAUGUGACACAUGGAGCAGAUUCACUUUCUGUGUCAGCGCGUAUUUAGCACUGAGCGCUGUUUGUGGAGGUGAGGUCACAGAGCUCCCUCAGGGCCUGUGAGUGAACGAGUGAAUAUAGGAGCGCCAUUCAGGGUGAAAUCAUUAAUUCUGGCUAGACGAGGGGAGGGAACGAGGGUGAGAAGAAGAAGAAGGAGAAGAAGAAGAAGAAGAAGGAGGAGGAGGAGGUGGAAUUGGAUUGGGGCAGGGAGUGAAGGAGGAGUGAGAGAGAGAGAGAGUGGGACGGGGAGAAGGGGAGGGGGCUCUGUAGUCUGUUGUGAAAGAAUGCCCUCUUUCUUUCUUUCCCUCUUUCUCUCUCUCUCUCUUUCUUUCUUUCUUUAGAUUGGCUCAGUAUAUCUGUCUCAAAGGCUUUCAUGCAUCCACUCAUCCAGCUGAGAAACACGCACACACACUCAAACAAGGUCCUACACAGUGUCCUUCAGUGCACCGAGGCCGUCACCACGACACACACACACUCACACUCUCUGUACACACACACACACACACACACUCUCCCCCCACACAAUAGAGAGAGCUCCUUCUGUGUAGUGUUUUUCUUUCUGAUGUGAUUUGGCUCGGGAUGGUUUGUAUUCAGCUCUGAAGCUUCUCUAAACUUUCUUCUCACACACUGUCACUCACUUAUUCACUCGCUGCACGAAGCUUUUCUCCGAAACAACAACAAAAAAAAAUUCAUUCACAAGAGCCGCCGCUCUCUGAUGUCUCGGACUCGAGCGGGGAUGCUGACUCCAUGACUUUUACAAGACCACUGUCUGAAACCGGAGCUGUGGUCCUGAGGGUCUGUGAGGCAGUGGAAUAGCUUCUGUGAGCAAGCAUGUGUGUUUGUAUUAAGGCAGAAACGCAGAGUCAGCGACCAGCCACAGUUAAAACAGCUGCAGAACAUUACAGAGGAGUCAUGUGACCUAUAAUAACACACACACACACAUAUAUUCCCAGCUGUGGAAAGUAAGUCUGUAAUUGGUGUUUUGGAUCGUUUGCCACAGUUUGCACAAUGGAAGACAUAAACUCAGAGAAAAAAAAGCUACUUUAGAAUUUUUAAUGUGUGUUUAAAUGAUUUUAAUUGAUGCCUGACAGAUAAUCAAAGGCCUCUCUGAACAAAGGAUGAGCGUUUGAUGUUAUUUCUAUGAUUUGGUUCUUGAUUAAAAUUUCUAUAGAGAGCUGGAGCGGUUGAAGAACAGCGGCGCCAGUUUGCCAAAAAGCAGAUACUGGUGUUGUCUUUGACGCAGUCUCCAAACAUCAAAGUCCAAACGCUCCUGUGGCGGCUGCAGUCCUGUCGAGUUAGAUCCACUGAAGUGUCACCGUGGUGGUCAGGGUUCAGUCCGACUCAAAGCCAUCAUCCUGCAGAACCGUUUUAAUAGAUCUGAACAGACACACACAUUUAUAUAAACACUUUAACACACAUUUCAGACAUGCACCAAGCUCCUGAAAAUUGACCUGUUGGAGUGAAUCCAUCGAGAGGUAAAGUUAGCGUGAACAGAGUAGGGCUGCAUGAUAAAUCGAUUUUAAAUCAUAAUCAGAUUAUCUGAUCAUGACGAUCUUAAAAAAGUUAAAAUCCUCAAAUCGUUUUUCCUCUCUAUCAUGUCGCGCGCCUCCAGUCCACCGUAGGCUCCUCCCCCUUCCCGCAGUUCCCACACACACCAGUGUAAACAAACAUGGCGUUUGUAAGAGAAGGCAAUAAUUUCGUGGUUAAAUAGGACAAUAGUGAGUCAGUCGUGUUGACUAUUGGUACGACUUCACAAUUUCAGAUGAAGAGCAAACCACUCCCCCCCGCAAAGUCUGUCUGAAGGCGGUAUCAACUUGUUACCACGGAAACAAAUUCAGGAGGAAACACUAAAGUUUUUUGUCGUAUCAGCAUUUCAUCUCCGUGUGGAUGUCUAUCUGCAUCUCUGGAAACGAUCAUGUGACACACAGAGUAACUCUUUUAUGGCGCCUGCGCACAAAAUUUUUUUUGUAGGAUGGCAGCAGAAGGUCCCGCCCUCCUUCUCCUCUGAUUGGCUAGAAGUGCUGGGCUCUGAUUGGUUUUUCCUCAUGGCUGUGAAACGUCAUCGUCUGUCGGGUUAGAAGAUUCAGAAGUGCGAUAAUGAUCUGUUUGAUGUUCAGAGCCGACAGCCCGCGUUUGGCUCGAGCGUUUCCAGCUUUUCUAGCCAAUCAGAGGCGAAGGAGGCGGGACUUUCCCCUACCAUAAUAUCGCCACAUGCACGUAUCCGGCCAAAACAACCUUCAUACACAUGCUCUGUACUCUUUUUUCAGCCUUAAAGCGCCACUUGCUGGUUCGGCAUAAAAACUACAUCGUUUUCAGCGGUUUUGUUUUUAGAGAUGAGAGAAAAACUUUUUAUUCUUAAGUUUGGUGAAGUUGUCACUGAGUAAAAAAAUAGAAAAUUAAGUUUUAUUUUGUGCUGAAAUGGUGCAGCCCUACAACAGAGCGAUCAUUUCACACUGAGUGGGUUUCUUUGUGUCACAAAUGAUCGUAGAUGUUGUUGACACCGUCUAGUCCCCCUCCUCCUUCACGCUCUGUCCAGCUGACCCCCCUCACCUGAACUAAACGUCUUAUUUUGAGCUGCGAGAGCUCGUCCUGCAGAGAUAAUCUGUGGCUGUGAAGGGCGUUUAUGAAUGGAAAGGUCCUGAAAACAUCCAGGAGAUGUUGGGGAAGUGGACGGUGUGUGAGCUCUUUCUACUUUUCUAGUUUGAGUUAUGAUGGAAGUGAAGCCCCCCCCCCCCAGUUCACAUUGACAUGCAUUGUGUUGAAAGUGUCUCAGUGAAGUGUCUCCUUUGUCUCCUUGUGGAGGUUUGUUUGGUUGUUUGUGUCGCGCUCGCUCUCUGACCUGCAGCUCAGAUAAUAUCAGCAGAAUGAACUCCAGGUCAUUCGGCGCCUCAGGACACGAGCUGAGAGCGUAGUAGGCAAGGCCGGACUUGUAACGUGCAGGCAGGGAGAGAGAGAGAGAGAGAGAGUGCAAGGACAACCCACCGAGGUGGAAGUGAUUGAUCCUGUCAGCUCAAACACACGUGCACAUCCACGGGCACGCACAUACACACCCACACAGCCAGAUUGAAAGUAGAUCACUGUGCCUGGGUGUUUAAGGUUUGGCCCCGCCUCCAAGCCUGCAAGCUGAUCUCCAGUAGUGUAGAUGUGCACACACAAACUUGCACCAACAACAAAGUGCACGCACGCACACACACACACACACACACACACACACACACACACACACUCACCGCUCUUAUUAGUAGCUAAUUGAUCCAUGCUUAAUCUGCACUGAUGGUUUGUCAGCCUAACAGUUAAUCUAGCAGCCUUCAUUCACAGAGGGAGGAGAGCUGAGCCAAUCAGGUUACAGCAUCCUCAGUCAGAUUAUGAACUCAGCUCUGGGAUCGUUAUAAACAUGAAACAGCUGAUCCUUUCCUAAAUAUACGUAUGAUUGCUUUAAAGACUGACGUUGGACUUAAAUUGUCCAAACACAAUUUUUACUGUAAGAUUAAUCAGAAUUUCAGAUUUACAUGUUUAAAUGUCAAAAUGUUGAAUAUUUUUUUAUGACCAUAUUAACUUUUUAAGACAGUCUUGCUGCAGAAGUUGUUUGGAGCCUUUCAAACUUUUGCGUCGUGUGAAUUAGGGCUGGGCGAUAAACCGAAAAUUUACCAAUACUGAAAUUUACGACAAUAGGCAAUGUCAUUUUGCCCAUAUCGGUAUAUUCAGUGUCAAAAUAAAUAAAUAAAAGUUAAAAAAUAAAGUUAAAGUUAAAAAUAAAUUGUUAAAUAAUUAUAUAUGUUUUUACAUUGUAUGAACUGGUAUUUUAAGAAAUCAAUGACACAUUUAUUUGUUUAAUUCCAAUUUUAAUGAAUUAAUGACAUAUUUAAGUAUUUAUUUAAAGAUACAUUCAUUUAUUUCAUUUUGUCUCUUUUCAACCUCCAUAGUAGGGCUAGGCGAUAAACCGAAAACUUACCAUUACCAAAAUUUAUGACAAUAACUGACGUCAUUUUGCCCAUAUCUGUUUAUUCAGUGUCAAAAAAAUGAAUAAAUCAAAGUUGUUUUUGGAUGUGUGUAGGUAGGCUAUGGUCUCAUGUCCCUUUAAGACGCUGUCCUACGUCAGAGACGUGACUCCACCCCAUCCAGUCCGUAACAAAGAGGGAAAGACAGAUGAGGAGAUGGAGGACGGUUCAAAAGUUGUAGCGGCUGAAGUAGACGAAGUUAAUGUGGGAGGGGGUGAGCAGCUGGUGGAGUAGUUAUCGUCCAUUUAUCAUUAUCGAGGUGAACUGAUCAAUAUAUCGUGAUAUUGAUUUUAGGCCAUAUCGCCCAGCCCUAUUGUGAAUAUAAUUUUUUGAUUCACACACUCUGGUUAUGCCAUCGCCCGCUGACACCAUGUUUUUUUUGACUCUGUUUUUCUGCCAUCACUGUUUUCUUGAUAACAUCAAAUAUCGGAAAAGCUCUCAUAUAUGUCUUAAAGUUUGGUGUAAUCAAAGCUUAAAGGUCAAAGUCACCGUGUGGAAUAUCAUUUUAACACCCGGAGGAAAUGUCACUGAAUUUUUCUUAUUUUCGUUUUCCCACCAGAGAAAGAGAGACGGUGCUUAUUUAGCCGAUCUCUGGGGGUAAAUCUUUGGUAUUUUGUCUCUAACUUAAGUGAGUGUUGCUGCUUUUUCUCCCCCGCAGACACACACUUGUGACUCUAUUUGGGCUUAAGCCUAAUGUCUACCUUCAGUUAUUUUUAAUUGACUAAAUUACCCCCUCGUCCCCGCCGCAGAAACACCAUCCUUCUGUGAAAAACGUGAGUUUGGAGAAAAGAAGGCAAACUGCACAAAACCUCAAGACGGUGAUUGAAAUUGAUCUGAAAUUAUAUCAGAGAAAGAAACAAACAGGACGUGACCGAACAGAUCGAAGAUAAAGACACUUUUUCAACCAUGCCUCCACGUCUCUGUAUCUGGGUCAUCCCAUUCUCAUUAAAUCCUCGUAUAUUUAUAUAUAUAUAUGAUGAAUAGAUGUCAUAAAAGCGUCCUCAGUUCUAUAGCGUGAGGUUUGAUUCUCAGUCUGCGCGGCUUAAUGCAUGUCACUCCUAUCAUUUAAGCACUCACGUUGAGAUCAAACAAUGCAUUAGCGGAGCCCAGCGCGCUUUAACCGCAGCACAACGUCUCUCCUGCAGCUCUAAGCCCGGAGAUAAUAACACGGGAUAAUAGAGAGCUUAUCUCCAGUGAGGAUCCUCUCCUCCCUGCAGCUGCUCGUCUCCUUCUUCUUCUUUAACCUUUUGGAGAAAAGCAAUCAACGGACUUCCUGUCACUCGGCUCUGCUCUCCCCAGAGAGACAGAAACAUAUAAACUCAGUCUUUUUUUUAAAAUUCAUUAUGUGAGCGUUUAAAGUGAAAACUGAGAGACUUACCACAAUAGAAGAAGAAGAUGGAUUCCCUCUCUGCUUUAGUCAGGAUCCCUCUUCACCACUGCAGGUCAAACCCUUUUAUAAAUCACAUUGUGGUCCAUAAACUCUGAUGUUCUAGUGACCCACUGUCCCGGCCGGAGCCCCUCAGAGUUGAAACAUCGCUCUUUAGUGGCCCGGUUUUACAUCUGGCUCAGUUCAAACGCUGACCUUAUUGUUCUCACAAUGUGAAGAGAGAUUUGUGUCGGCAAAGACGAGCCGGUGCCAGCAGAUCAGCCGGCCUCAGAGUGAAUCUGUGAGCUGAACACUUAUUCUUGUCAUGUUUUUGAUUUUUAGUUUGCAUGAAUAUUCCUUUAUUAUUCUCAGUUAGGGCUGCACCAAUUUAGCCAAAAAUAAAAUCACGAUUUUUUUGUCUCUGAAAACUCGAUUUUCUGUUUUUUAUUCAGUGACAACUUCACCAAACUUCACUUCAAUAAAAGGUUUUUCUCUCAUCUCUCAAAACAAAACCACUGAAAACAAUGUAGUUCAUAUGCCAAGCCAGUAUGUGGCGCUAUAACGCUGAACAGGAAAUGCACAAAAGACAGAAGAAGAGUACAGAGCAUGUGUAUAAAGGUUGUUUUGGCGCCAUAAAAGAGUUACGCUGUGUGUCACAUGAUCGUUUCCAGAGAUGCAGAUUGACAUCCACACAGAACGUCCGUUUGAGAGCAGCUUCAGAAGCAUCAGAAUCUCCAUUUGGUCCCGAGUUAAGAUGCUUAAAGUCGAGUCGGCUCGUCCCACAUGACGCUCGCCAUCAUCGGUCGGGUUUCCAGAAACCAAAGUGAGAUCCCGUCCAUAUUAUCAUCGACUGUUUAUAGAAAGGACGACGCCCACUGUGGGAAGUGAAGCUCAGUCUGUCUGGUGGAACUGAGACGCUGCUGUCACACCCUCCUCCCCCCAACCAGAUCUCUUAGGUCGGUCUAGUCCACAGCAGAACUGAUCCUCAUGAGUCUUGUUGCUAAUCUGGUCCAGAACGCAUCAGGAGCUCUGAUUGGUGGACGGAGCUGUCAGUCAGUCAUCUUCUAACCUGAAUUUGUCAGGAAAAAUGAACAUGUGUGUUUUGAUUUGAGACGGGGCGUAUAGGAAAGAUGUUUUACCCCCAAUAUUCACCACGUCCAGAACGGCUGCGAUCCGCAACAGCAGCAAUUUUCGCCGUCCGCCAAUUCCUACUGGAUCCAUUUGUGAGACGAAUUUUCGUGGCGGAUUACAAACAGCGGGAUUUGCGAGAACUCACAAGAACCCUCGGAUUCACGUUCAGUCGCGCGAUAACGAGUUGUCUCUAUAAAGACAGACACAUAGACAUAUAAGCAGUAGAUUGUGUCCUUCCAGAGGGGGAAAUCUACUUCUAGACUUCUAGAAUCAGCAUCUCCUCAUCCAUGGUGUCAUCGGGGUGAAACGACGUCUAAAAACCUUUCACUUGUUCGUCUCCGCCCGUUUGCAUGGUGGAUGCGGCCUUUUCGUAGCCGUUCAGGACGAGGUGGAAAUUGUUAGCUUAGCAUGCUAAAGUUAGCAUUUAGCUGAAGGUGAAACUUCAAAGCGGUCCUGCAGGGCCGUUAACUUUUAGUGUUAUUAACCUCAAGAACAGGUUUACCGCCUUUUAUGACCCCCUGUGAUUAAACCCCACCCCUCAUGAGUGCUGCAGUUCAGUCCUUGUUCUUCCAUUUGAGCGAGAAAAUUUUCAGCCGCCGAAAGAGAAGAAACGGUUUUAAUGAAUUAAAGAUUCAAAAGGAGUUUUAUUUUUCUCUCAGAUGAACCGUGUUACCCCCGUUUUCAGAGUCUAGACCUUUAGGCAGGGAGCGUCUGCGCCCUCUGGUAUAUUUUAAGAAACAAAAGCCUCACAUGUAAUGCAUUUUUAAAUAUGAUGUCAGUUCUGGCCCACAUAUUCACAUGCAUAUUUACAGUGGAGGUGCACAAAUUGCUGCGGGGUGAGGAAGUUUCUGGCCGGCAGCGAGGAAAAAUUGAGGUCAGCUCAGAAACGUGUUUUAAAAAGUCUGUGAGGAUCCGAGGUCGGGUUCUCUUCCACGGAGGAGUCCCCAGAAUCCCUCCGGUGCUGUUCGGGUCCGAGCAGAGCCGCAGCAGUUUUCCCUUUGUCUGCUGUAAUUGGUUUAGCAGGUGGAGAUUUUGGUGCUUUUGUUUCUCCGCGGUCCUGCAGCACGAUGACUUUUCCAUACGGUCCCACAGGGAGGAGAAAAGCCAACACUGCAGAUUUCAUCAGGCCUCAUGUCUGUCUUUUUCCCUCUUUUAUUGCUCACUUCAGUCAUCCUCUCUCACAUCUUCUUCCUCUUCUGUCUCUCUUGUUCCAAAUCUAUCCUCCCCUCCCUCCUCCUCCUCCUUCUGUCUGCCCCCGCCACUCCUUCCUUCUUUUGCACUUCAAAGCUUUUAGAGGGUGUGUGAUCUGUGUGGUGGGUCUCUAGCGCACGCGGCUCCCCGGCAGCAUCACUUCCGCUCGCUCUGUGGAGGUGUGCGUGUUUGAUGGUGUGCAAAUGUGUUUUUCAUGGUCUCCAUCAUCAGACACCCAUUUAGCAGCAGCUCCUCUUUUUUUUUCUGGCCUGAGAGUAAAAACGGUGUAUCUGAGAGCGUCUGUCUGCACAGGAAAGGCCGCAUCAUGUGGUCUGUCUGUGUAUCUGGUUUCUGCUCCUAUCAGCUCGUUUGCUUCCUGUAUAUUUGACCUGCUUCCUAAACCGUCGCCUCUCCCCUGAUAAGACGACUCUCUCAUGUUUGAAACGUUUCUUCUCUAAAUAAUGAAGCCCUCGAUCAUAAACAUUCAUUCCUCACUGACUCUCCUCCUCUCUCUCUCCUCAGUCCAUCCUGCUGCUGGGUUCCAUCGCCUUGCUGUGUCUGGGCCUGGACCUCCUCUUCCUCCUCUUCUACUCUUUCUGGCUUUGCUGCCGGCGACGAAAGAGCGAAGAAUCCUCGCAUUCUCACUCGCACUCCCAGCAGCCCAGCGCCGACUGCUGCUGCACCGCCUGGUGCGUCAUCAUCGCCACCCUCGUCUGCAGGUGAGAGUUUAUCCCCCCGUCAGAGUAACGGCGCUGUACGCUUAUAUAAAAGGAGUUCAUGUAAGAAACAACACAGAGGGAAAAACAAUCAUACUGAACAUUUAGAAGGGAGCGUGGUCUGUAAAUGAUGCUUAAAGGCAUGGUUGACGAUUGUCGCCAUAGAAACGAGGUUCAUAAUAAUUACCAAUCUCUUCAAUCGUCAACCAUGCCUUUAAGGCUAAAACAUACAGGAUGUGUAUUUGGAGUGUGGCAGCAGCGUCGCCUAUCACGCAGCAAAUGCUUGAUCGUAGAGAGACCUCAGGCCAGUCCAUUAGGGACUACAGUGGGGUGCCGCAGCUCAAGGAAGAACAUUUAUGAUCAUUUCUUAAUUGAAAUACAAUCAGACCGAGACGCUAAGACAGAAGAACUACUGCGUCUGCAGAACAAGAUGAUUAAUAUGAUGAUUAUUACUUCAAGGAAAUGAUAAAGAAAUGAUUAUAAAUGUUCUUCCUUGAGCUGUGGCACCCUGCUGUAGUCCGUAAUGGACUGGCCUGAGGUCUCGCUACAAACAAGCGUCUGCUGGAAGAGAGUAGGUGAGUUGUGUUUAGUCUCUUUGCUAAAGAAAUUAGUCAAAGUUAAAAAGAUGUUCGGUGUUUCUCACAGAGCGGUAAUCUAUCUGUGGUGGUGUGUAAUUUGGGGACGGUGGGGACUGUGUGUGUUGAGCCGUGUGAUCAUGAACACCACAACUUGCUAAUGCUAAUACUGGGAAUGUGCAUACUGGUAGAUAUCGAGUCUGAGGUUGUGUCAUGAAAGGUGUGGAGGCUUUUAUUUAGCCAUGGUGGUUAAUUACAUGUAGGGGAAACCCUGCUGUUUGGUGUCUAGUACUAUGGCUGAAGUUAGGUGCUGUUCUGAGCAUUAUUUGUGGCUAUAGAGUGGCGUUUUGGUUGGCUCUCUCUGUAUUACUAUCCUGCGGUCAUUACUAAAGUUGGUAUAACUAGAGAAGUAAGCGGUCAGCAACAUUCAUCUCUGGAGGAGGGGUCUAACUCGGUGUGUUUGACCCUGAAUUAGUUUCACACCAGAAUAUCCCUUUAAUGUUGUGUGAGCCCUGAUGGUGAGAUUAGGAGGUGGAAUCCCCGUCUGUAAACUUAGAUUAAUUAUUGGUUAUAAUCUAAACUCAGUUCUGAUUGUCGUCGUUGCUGCCUCCUGAAGUUUCGCUCCAACAUGAUAACACCCCACAGUGUCGGCAUGGCGCAGGUGUUAUAGAUUUAAGACCUGACGUAGACCUGAACUGAAAGGAUCCCAGAUCUGGGUGCUUAUAGAUAUCUGGCAGCUCUGUGCAGGUCCUUCACUCAGAGUGGGAAAGGUUUUCAGUGUUCCCACUAGACCACUUUGGCAGGCAGCUGACACUCACUAAAAUAGGUCCAAGUUCUGAUCCAAGUAAACCCGCCAAACGUUAAUGUUUUACUCACAUCGUUUCUCUAUGUAGAUAUGUUAUAGCAGAACAGAUCCAUUUAUGGAUGUAACACCCAGCUGUCAGUAUCUCUCACUUCAGAGCAGCUCUCCAUUCACUAAAACCGCUCCUGUACAGAUGUUUGCUGCAGAAAGUUCAUGUUUGUGUUGAAUCCGACCUCCUGAAAGUCCAGAGUCUGUUAUCAGCUGUGAGUCAGAAGCUUCACGUACAAAGUCCUGUAUCCCUGGACCUUUAUUUGCAUUAAUUUCCCUGUUUGGAGGAGGAACAAGAACUAGGAGUUGAUGAAGAGUAGUUUGACCGAGCCCAACGUGGAUGAUUGUUUUUCCCUGUGAUGUUGGACGGACAGGACGUCACCUGGUUUCUCUGCGAAUCGUCCUCUCAGUCUGGUUAAAACAGGAGUGAGAGUCUUUAUGUACUCACUGAGAUCUUUCACCUAAAUGACCCGGCUGCAGCUCCACACACACACACACACACACACACACACACACACACACACACACACACACACACAGACACACAUACACACUUAUCCAGUAUCCUUAAAAACGAUCCCUGAGUCUAAAUGAAGCCUCGUCUUCCUCUCGUCUUCCUCUCGUCUCCUGACGUUCUCCUCCUCUCGCCCCUUUUCUUCAUCUCUCUGCGUCUCCCUCUGUUAUUUAUCAUUUCUCUCUCUUCAGCCCUCCUUCUCCUCUCUCUGGCCUAGAAAGGUUGCUAUGGAGACAGAAGCAGAUUUGAUGCAGAGACAGGAAAUGAAUUAUACAGUCAGGGGGAGCUGUGCGUGUGCGUGUGUGCAUGUUUGUGUGUGUGUGUGCGUCACUCAGUGCUGGAGAGUGUUUUUUUUUUUUUUUGGAGGUUUUAAUAUUUGAUGAUUAGCCGUAAUAUUUCUUAUUGAAUAUUUGAUUAGGCUCUCAGGUGUGUGUGUGUUAUGGUGUGUGUUAUUGUGGACACACUGGUGUGAUCCUUUGUUCACAGUGUAAUAUGACAUCAUGGGUUAUUUUAGGACUUAACACCGACCACAUGUGGACUUCCACCAUUUGUGUGCAGAUGCAGACUGUCUGGUGAACAGAAACUUGUUUUUCUUUUUUCAGUUUUUCAUGAAUUUUGUUUGAAGUCAAAUCUUUGAUUGUUUGUUUGGAGGUUUGUUUGUGUUUUUGUUGUUGCCUCGACUUUUGGUUGGACGUUUUAUAUUUUAAAAUCAUGUUUUUGAGCAUUUGAUAGGACGGGGGGCAGGAAAUGUGGAUAGAGGUAUGCAGGGAAAGGUCAUGAACCAGUAACAGCUGUGAGGAGGUCUGUAGUGUUUGUACAUGCGGUGAUUAGACUGAUUGAACUCUUUCUUUCUCACUUCAGACUUUAGUGUUGUCUUUUUAAAUAUUUUUAAAAGAUUUUUAAAUAUUAUAUCAUAUUUUUAAAAUAUUUAAAAUAUUAUUGAAUAUUCUAGACAUUUUUUAAAAAUUUAAAAAUAUCUUUUGAGAUUAAAAAGAUUUUGAAAUAUUAUUUAAUAUCUUAAAAUUGUUUUUAAAUAUUUUAAAGAUUUUCAAUAUUUUUCAAGAUUUUUGAAUAUUCUAUAAUAUUUAUAAAACAUUUUGAAAUAUUGAAUAUUUGUAAAGACAUUUUUUAAAAUUUUGAAAAUAUUUUUCAAGAUUUUAAAAAGAUUUUUAAAUAUUGUUUGAUAUGGUUUAAAUAUUUUAAAAUAUUUUUAAGUAUUUUAAAUAUUUUUUUAAUAUUUAAAAAAUAUUUUAAAAGUUUUUUUAGGGCUUUUUUUCACCGUUGGGACAGGACAGCUCGAGCAGAGAUGUGUGGAGAGAGCGGUGAAUGACAUGCAGCAGAUCAGUCCAUGAAUCAGCAUCAAUCAUACCAACCCUACAGCUGCUGCACCCUCUCCACUAACUGGAUCCUAACAAGACCUCCUCUGUCCUCUGAGAUCUGGUUUACACUUUUUUCAACAGUUUCAUUUUCAGACUUUUGACUCUCGUUGUGGUUCAGUCCCGGUUCAUUUGGACUCUGUGACGAAGGUUAGAAGUGUUAAUGGACCGGUUAGGGAACCACGAUGAGGCAUUGAUGCUGUCGUCUUCUUUCCUUAUUAGUCUGUGUUUAUAAAGUUUAACUGUCUGAGUGCUCUUUUAUUUUAUCACAAAUAUAAAACCUGAUUAUAGAAUGUCAUAAGAAAGUUAUAAACAUUUAUAAACAUGUUUUUGUUUUCUGUUAAAACAAGUGAACGUAUAAACCGGAGAUCGACCCGGCAGUCAUCAAACCGGCGGACGAUCAGCUCCUCCUCUGGAGCCAAAGCUGCUCAGUCACUGCGAGUAAUGAUCCAAACUAUUCAGCCGAGAGGUUAUUACAGGAUUGAGCUGGAUUAAAUCAGCGCCUCUGGAACAGUGAAGGCCAUACCUCCACUUUCAAGUGUUGUUUCAUUUCAGGGAAAGUUUGUGGAAAAUCUGUGGGUAUCCAUCCAAGUUUUGACGGUCAGGAUUAAAACGGAGGCGCUGAUGCAUCUGCAGCUUUGACCUGCUCUGCUUUCACCUUCACACGGACCGCAGCAGAGCUCUUCCUCUCUGAGUUAGCGUCACUGAGACUGGACUAGUUUUAUUUCCUGGAGACGGGACCUCUAAACCAUCUCCUUUCUCCUGUCCUGUAUCCUAAACCGAGCACCACCAAGAGAUCGGAGCUGGAGAACAAAAGUAGAAGAGGAUAGAAGUAGAAAAGGGAGUGGGAGAAGGACUGAGUGGUAGGAGAGAGUAAGAGGAUGAGUAAACAGGAGUGGUGGUGUGAGAUGAUCUACUGGAAAACCUGGGCUGACACGGCGUGGAGGACGGAGGAUGAUGGUGAUGGGAGCAGGUUUAUUCACCUCCAUGUCUGCGUGCGGCUCCUCCUUUCUCUUUGUAUUUGUUAUUUCUAGUCCAGUGUGCUCAUAAAGUCCACUAUAACACUCACACACAUCCGCACAAUGAAGUGUGCGUUUGUGUGAGUGUGUGUAAAUCCACAGUAACACGGGGGUACUCAAGAUCUAAUGGGCUAGAAUGAAUUGGUCUAACAAUGGCCGUAAAUUUCCCUCCGCAAAACUGUCUGGUGCUGCUGUGCAGACGGAGACAUCAUCAAUACAAAGAGUGCAGUCACACACACACACACACACACACACACACACAUACAGUACACAAAGAGAGAGGAGGGGGCGAGCGGAGCUUGACAGAGUGGGUGAGAAAAUAAAAGCAUGGGUGGGGGGGCUCUGAGGGGGAAGAGGGGUGUUUUUUUUUUAAAGGGCUAGUGGUGGUUUUGUGGUUCUGUGUGUGUGUGUGUGUGUGCGUGUGUGUGUGUGUGAGUUCUGGUGUGAACACGCUGAAGGAGCACCAGGAUCCUGCAGGAAGGCUGUCGGGCCGUGAACCUCAGAAUUCGCAGCAUGUGUCAUGAGUGGAGCUGCGGAGAGAUCGUAUUAUGUGCGGUCUGGUGACCCAGUUAUUGUGUACUCUGUGUGUGUGUGUGUGUGUGUGUUUAUGUGUGUGUGUGUGUGUUGUCCUGUGCUCGCCCGAGGCUCAGGAGUGACACCAAUGCAAAGAGCUCAGAGCUCAGCGCCGCCUGUUGCUGGUCAACCCUGGAACUACAGCUAAUAACUGAACCGUCUUUGUUUAUUUCUGUUAUUCUUUUAUUGAUCCAUCAGUGAUCAAUAAAUGUGUUACCAUCUGAUUGUAUUAACAUGUCUGCCCCUCCCCCUCCUCUUCAGCGCUGGCAUCGCUGUAGGAUUCUACGGGAACGGGGAGUCAAGUGAUGGAGCCAACCGUUUGGCGUACUCCCUCCGUCACGCCAACCGCACCGUCUCAGGGGUGGAGAAACUGGUGGGUCUCUGUCUGUGGUGUUUACACUGAGAGAGAAUAAGAAUGAGAGUGAAAUUUAACCGCCGUUUUACCUCCUCCAGGUGACGGACAGCGCCCUCGCCUUAAACCAGACCGUGGAGGAGAACCUGGUCCAGCUGGAGACGGCCUUCCAGGAGCAGACGGACUACGUGUCCAUCGUCCAGAAGCUGCAGGGUCAGCUGGACGAGCUGGUGAGGCUGAUGGUGGAUGUGCCCUUCUGGUCCAACUCUGAGAUCUCUUUGGAGGACUUGGCCCGCAAGACGGAGGCCUUCGAUUUUUACAGGUGGGGACCUCCUCAGGGGUGAUUAUUCGAUCGUGAUAAAUUUCAGUUCGAUCAUUUCAAUCAGCUGUGAGCAUAUUUACAACAUCAAACAUGGUGACAACAGCCAAUCAGAGUCGAGCGUUUCCUGCUCACUUCUGCAAAUUGACGGAGAAGUAAACAGAACGACCGACCAUGGAGCUGAGGUCAGCAAAAUAGAAGUCAGCCGUGACUUUGGGCUCUAUUUUCGUGCCCGCCGGCAGUGCGGCGGAGGGCGGCGGACCCUGCGCAGUUCUUAGUUUAUCUUGUUUAAUUUUGUUUGUUAUUUAUUUUGUAUGUUAAUAAAAUGUGAACUAAUCUCGAGUUUCUUUAGUUUUUAGUGAAGAUGCUUUAAAACCGGCAGUUUUAAAAAAAAUAAUCCUGAUGAUAAUCGAGAUCAGACGAUCUGACAGAAUAUAUCCUGAUCAUUUUUUUUUGUUUACAGGUGGUUGGGGUAUCUCGGCUUGCUGCUAUUCGAUGUUCUCAUCUGUCUCCUGGUGCUGUUCGGCCUGAUACGUAACUCCAGAGGCACUCUGAUUGGGUAAUUUCUUGACACCACACCCUAAACUCCGCUCCUAUUGGACGAGUCGAACCUUUUCUACUUUCUGUUCUGAACGUCUGAAAAAUCUUGUUUGUUGUUUUGUCCUUCAGAGUGUGUCUGCUCGGGGUUUUGACUCUGAUAAUCAGCUGGGGGUCUCUCGGCCUGGAACUGGCUGUCGCUGCUGUAAGUGUAACCAUGGCAACAUCGCCAGGCUCCCUGGCUCUCUCUCUCUCUGCAAUGAUGUAAUCUUUUUUUUCCCACUGCUCGAGCGAGCGAGGGAGUGUGUGUGUGUGUGUUCGACGCGAAUGUUGCUGCGGCUGAUGUGUCAUGUGUGCUCGCUCUUUUACAGUCGGCGAGCGACUUCUGCGUUUCCCCGGAUACCUACAUCACCAGGGUAACCAAGGAGAAUGCUGUCAUCAACCAAGGUAUGCAGACGGGGAAAGAAAGAAAGAAACACUUGCAGCCAUUUUAUCCUCUUCUCUCGCCCUCAAACUCGAGGCGUUUGUAACGUCACAGUAAACACAGAUCUGAUCAUGAAGCGCUGUGAUUGGCUGACGGCGAUGAGGUCAUACUGAAGGUUUACAAACAAGCAAAAAAAUCCAGAAUAACGUCCAGUUUUCACACUGACAGGAGAAAUUCAGCCUGACGUGGUUCUUCUAUUUUAAGACACAAGUGUGUGUGUCUGUGUGUGUGUGUGUGUGUGUGUGUGUGUGUGUGUAUGUGUGUGUGUGUGUGUGUGUCCGCAGUUUCCAAAAACUCUCGCUCACUUUGCUCUCUUUGCUGACUGCAAUGCAUCAGCAAUCCUGCAAACACACACACACACACACACACACACACACACACACACACACACACACACACACACACACACACACACACACACACACACACACACACACACACACACACACACACACACACACACACUCUUCCUCUCUUUUGGUCUCAGAUGUAAAAAAUAAAUAAAUGAAAUAUUCAGAGACAUUUUAGCUUUUUUCACUUUAGACCAUUAUAUGAUUUGUUCUCUCUCUCUAUCACUCUCUCUCACUCUCACUCUCUCUCUCUCUCUCUCCCUCUUUUUUCUCCAUCACUCCCUCUCUCUCUCCAUGCUUUUAUAUCCCUUUUUACCUCUCUUGCUUCUCCCCCGCUCCUCUUCCUCUUUUACUUCUCUCACUCGCUCUCUUUCUCUCUCUCUCUGUCUUCUUUCUCCUUUUCUGUCUCUCUCUCUUUCUCCCUCUCCGUCUCUCACUCUUCCUCACUCCCUCUCUAUCUCUCUCUUCUCUGUCUCUCUCUUUCUAUCUUUCCUUUUCUCUUUCUCUCUCUCUUCUUUCUCCUUUAUUCUUUCUCUCUCUCCUUUUCUCUCUCUCUCUCUCUAUCUCUCCUUCUCUCUUUUUCUCUCUCUCUCAUGCGUUUAUAUCUCUCUCUUGCGUUUAUAUCGCUCUGCUGCUCCUCCUCUUCCUCUUCUUCCUCUCUCUUUCACUUCUCUCUCUCUCUCCUAAUGAGUUCUGUUGUCUGUCAGUUGUUUUUCGCUCAGUAAAGCACAGAUGUUGCCUCUGUAACACACACACACACACACACACACACACACACACACACACACACACACACUCUCUGGUCUUUAUUGAUGUGUGUUUUCUCCGCUGCGUUCUCAGACAUCCUGCAGUAUUACCUGAGGUGCAGCUCUGGACAGGUGAACCCCUUCCAGCAGGUAAGUUCUCGCUCUGUUGAUACAAACGUACGAUGUUUGGAUGUUUGACAAAGAUUUACACACGUCGGCGUCAUCCAAAGACGCCAACAUUAAAAGACACGCCCACCCUGUACUGCCCUUUAUCACCCUGCCUAUCCUGUCAAUCAAUCAUCAAUCAGAGUUUAUCAAUACAGCACUUUUUCGUACAACAAUAAUGAGACACAGAAAGAAAUAAGUCUGGAGACUCUGUGCCGCCCUCAGGACUUCAGGUGGGCUGAUCCACAGACGUGGGCCGUAAUAAUGAAAAUCUGCUUUACUGAGAGUCUUUGUUCAGACUAUAAAAAGACCAGAACCUGAACUACCUGAAGACCUGAAGACCUGAGGGGCCGGGAAGAAGAAGAGGAGAACCACAAUAGUCUGUUUUAGAAAUCACAGCUCAUCCCGACUUUUACUUCCCAAAGACAACGAUUCCAGAAAAGAGUUUAUCAGCCGUCUGCUCUCGCUGCGUCACCGAUGACUCUUGUAAACAAAGGCCGGUAUGAGCCGGAUCUGUGUCUCAGCUGUGACCGAAACCCGGGGCUGUGAGCUGUGACAGUGGGGAGUGUAAGAAUAGCUAACAGGGAGGAAGUAUUGGUGCUGACGGCCGAAAACAUACAGGAUCCGUAUUUAGCGCGUUGUUCUGUAUUUGCUCCGUAGAGGAUCAGCGUGUUUGGAGCGUAGCAGCAGCGUAGUGCAGCCCCGGUCAGCUGGUCUCAGUAUAGAGGAAACAACAUCCUCACAACAGGUUGUUUUUCCUUUCUGUGGUCGAUUUCCUGAUAAUUUGGAUAUAAUUCAGUGACUGUUGAACCUCUACUGUCUGUGAAAAAGCUUAAAGUGAUUUUCCAGUUUGUGUUUUUGCAGGUUUCCUGGUGUUUAAUAAAGUAAACUCUGUUCCUUUCUGCUGUUACCUUCAGACAGAGUUAGCAGGUCACAGUCCUGUUCAGGUCCACAUGGAUCAGGGAUUGACCAUCAGAUUGUUCUGUGUUACUGAGGAAGGAUUUCUCAUCUACAUGAACUGAUACACAGUCAGGAGUUCACAAGUUCACAUAUGGUGUUUUAUUUUGAAAUACUGGAUGACAUGCACGCUUUUCCUGUAGAGCAGCAAAAAUCGACUCACCGUGUAUCUUUAGCAGAGCUGCUCUCGAUUACGAUGCUGCGAUGGAGCUGAUCUGCAUCCUGUACGCUUUGAUACAUUGAUUAGAAUGCAAAACUAUUCUCUGCGUGACAUGCGAUGCUCCAAAUACACAUCCUGUAUGUUUUAGCUUUUAUGUGUAAAGUUGUUUCCAUGACAACAGAGCUGUGUGAAAAGUAGCACCCACAACAUUCAGACACCAGGAUCAGAUCAAUAUUGAUUUAAUCCUGCAGAGUCCCAGACCAGCAGGUUUACUUUGAUUCCAGCUGAUUUGAAUCUGUAAAUUCAACGACUAAAGCUUUGUUUAUUUAUCCGUGUGUGUGUGUGUGCGUGUGUGCGUCUCGUGUCCCCUUGUGUGUUCUGCAGAGGCUGUCAGGGAGUCACAAAGCAUUGGUGGAGAUGCAGGAUGAUGUGGCAGAGCUACUGAGAUCAGCAACACGUGAUUACGCCAGCACCAAGGUUGGUGUGCUGCAUGUGUGUGUUCAGAAUGUUCUGUAGGUCGUCUUUAUUUCGCUUCGGUGUGAGCGUGAUAAAAGUCCCAAACACACGUGUUUACGCAGCGUGUGUGUGUGAAGGCGGAUCUCUACACUCGCUCCAUGUGUGUGUUUGCAGGGGAGUCUCGAGCAGAUCCAGUCCGUGCUGAAUUCCACCGAGGUCGGCCUUCACCAGCUGACCGCUCUGGUCGACUGUCGCAGCCUACACAUGGUGAGUCACUCCGUGUGUUGUGGUGAAAACCUCCCAUACAACACUUUCGCACACGACUCACUCCUCUGCUCUCUCUCUCCCCCGCCGCGCAGGACUACGUCCAGGCUCUGACCGGGCUCUGCUACGACGGCGUGGAGGGUCUCAUCUACCUGGUUCUCUUCUCUUUUGUCACUGCUCUCAUGUUCUCGUCCAUUGUGUGCAGCGUGCCGCACACCUGGCCUGGCAAGAGGUAACACACACAAACACCAGCAGAACUCAGACGGCCUGUAAACUAACAGCUAACCUCUUACUAGUCUGAACCCCUUCAUGGUCGAACUCAGUGGGAAAAGCAGCAGAGGACGUCCUCGGCGCUCAUGCAUGUCACUCUUUCUGAGCUGUUUGUUUCCUCCUGUGCGUCCUCCUGCCUGUCUUUGCAUCCAUCCCGUUUCCGAAACGACUUUUUCUUUCGUUAUUUUACCGCCAGUCUGGCUGACUCCUUGUGUCUACGUUUUGUACAUCUCCUUUAUUUCCUUUCUUUUCCUCUCUCCGCUCAGAGCUCCAGUGUUAUGUUAGACUUUGCAUCACUACGUCUUUCUAUUUUUUCGCCGUGUGCCCCACUUCCUCCUUCUGUUCCGUCCCUUCCUCCUCUCCCUCUGUUCUGAUUUGGAAAAUGCUUUGGGCUUCAGCGAAUGACGGUGAAUACUGAGGAAGUCAGAGGUCUGUGAAACGGCUCACUCAAACGGCCCCGUAUUAUUUUAAAUUAACCACCGGGGCGACCUCGUUUGAAUUACGACACCAGGCGGGCUGCGCCAUUAAAGGUGCCAUAAAAGCAGCUGUUUUCGCGCUGGUUCGGUGAGUGUGCAUGAGCAGCAGUGAGAAAAAAAAAAAGUUCAAAUAAUGAAGCUUCAAAAAAAGAAGUGCUCAUGGGGGUUGGUUGUUUAUGAGCUUCAAUGUGCUGCAAUGGCUGAGUCUUAACUGAUGUGCUGCACAGCUCUUUGGUUGCCUGAGUGAAACAUCUCCAUCUGGUGGCCACUUAUGGAAUAACUUUUGUCUUUGUGAACGUCAUUCAGAUACCCUGUCUUCUUCUUUACGUCAUAGAAACAAAACCAGCUGGUUGGACUUUGUUAGAAUCAGAACCAAAAAUAAAAACAACAACAAAAAAAGAUCAAAAAUAGUCCUAUUGAUGAGACACAUGUGCACCUGCUAGGACUGGGCGAGGAAUCUGAAAAUGAUUUUAUGUUUUUGUCCUUGAGAAAAAGGUGGGAUCACCUUAAUUAUUACGUUUAUUAAUUAGAUAUAAAGACUGUGAAUGUCUCCACUUAAAUGUAAAGUGAGAGCAGCUCCGACUACAGGAGCAGAACCAGAGUCCUCAUCAGUCUGAUAGACGACUUUUAUUAUUAUUCUUAUUGUUAAAGUUUUUAAUUACAAACACUUGGUGCUUCAUUUUACAUGUUUUAUUCUCUUAACCUUCAGGCCCUCCUUUAAAAAAAAUCACAUUAGUGGCUUUGCGGACAUUUUUGUCUAUGAAUCUGUGGACAUAUAGACAGACAUAAAAAAAAAAUUAAGAUGAUUUUUAAUUUUUUUUUGUUGUUCGGUCCUUAACUCUUGUCCUCUUUGUGUUUAAGGAUUAAGUUAUGAGAAUGGCAUCAUAUUUUCAUAAUUUAACCCCGUUUUGUUUUUUUCAAAUUGUGGCAAUUUUAAACAAAAUAUUAAAUAUUUUCUUUUUAAAGAAUGCAAAAAGAUUUUUUUUUGUGGAGAGAUAAUCAGUCUGAGAUAUGUCAAAGAUUAGCAGAAACUCUCAUUUUGAUGGAUAAUGUUUUUUUGUUAUUGUGGAAAAAAAAUUUAAAAAUGACAUUCGUGCACCAAAAAUACAUUUGUAAUUGUAUUUAUUAACAUAAAAGAAACAUAAAAACAUAUGGAAAUUAUUAUAUUUUGCCCUUAACUCCUAUCCUCUUAAUAUUGUGAAAACAUGACUUCAUAUUUAUUAUUUAACCCCUUAAAUGCCAGUUUUUAUUGAAAAUAUAGCAAUUUUGAUCAAAAUAUUAAAUACUUUCUUUUGAAGAAUGCAAAAUGUUUUUUUGGUGGAGGGAUUAUAAGCAACAACUAAAAUGUUGAUGGAUAAUUAACUUUUAUAAUUGUAAAAAAAAAUAAAAAUGGAAGUUAUUUGUCCUUUUAUUUGUCUUUGUAUGAAGUCAGUCUUUAAAAUUGUCUGUUGUUUCUUGAUCAGGGUCAUCUUAAAUUAAAGCUCCUAUCAGGGAUUUUUUUUUUUUUUUUUAAUAAACUGAAAUUCUUAUUCAUGGUCUCGGAAUAAGAGUCAGCAACACAACUGAUGAGUUUUAUAUCCUAGAAGACAAAAAAAAAGCAAAGACCACUUUGUCCACAAGGGGGCGCCAAAAUUGACCCAAACUGAGAAUCACUUAGAGGAGCUUUAAGGUUGAUAUGGUUCCGCCCAGCUCUAGCACACGCUCAUGUGUUUGACGGACAUUUCUGUAGCCGGAGAUCCAGAUUCCAAAUCAGCACAUAUCCUAUUCGACGCCUCAUUCUCUUACGUUGCUGGCCGUUUUUUAUAUCUAUAUUAUUUUGACCAUUUUAUGUUUGAAAAUGGUUCUUUCUAAACCAAACUAUGUUAUCUCCUUUUUUAUUGUUUCCUGAUGUUUUUUUUGCUUUGAGUUUUUAUGGAGCGCUCAGCAAUGCAUGAAGUUUUUAAUUUACAGAAAAAAAAGAGCCUUUGACAUUUGAUUCUGUCUGUUGGAUUGGAAAAACGACCGUUCUGAUCAGGAGCGAAUGUCAACUGAGGACCGAGGCUGCAUGGAGAACGUGAAUGCAUGUUAGUUUUCUAAGAGCUUUGAGACGAUCAGAGUGUCCUCCUCCUGCUCACUGUGUGAUGUUUUAUAACACGAAGCAGCCUGAUUGGUCCACUCUGGGCUGUGCGCUGACUGAGACACUCCUCUGUUCUUGUGUUGGGCCUGUUUUCUAAAUAAAGCUCGCUCACGCUCCUUGUCUUCCUGGUCAGCUGAUUCGGGGGCUCAAGGUGCGGCCUUACAGUCUUCUUCUUCUAUCAGGGGACUCUUGGUAGUACAAGUGCACCCCCCCCCCCUCCUAACCUCCUCUUCAACCACUUGUUUACACUCUGUUGUCUCUCUCGGAUCUCCCUCCCCUCUACCUCCCCCCCUCCCCCCUCCUCUUCAUCAUGCCCUCUCGUGCCCUGCCCUCACCCUGACCGAUUGAAGGACGGAUGAGGAAGACGGAGAGGACGAGUCGGGCGCCUCAAGGGGCGGCGUGCACGAUAACCUGUACCGCGUUCACAUGCCCAGUCUCUACAGCUGUGGCUCCAGCUACGGUAGCGAAGCUAGCCUGCCCGCUACCGCCCACACUGUCAGCAAUGCCCCCGUCACUGAAUACAUGUGAGUUAGCAUCCACUGCUAGCUAGAGGCUAGCAGGAUCAAUACACUGCCUGCUGUAGGUAGCUGCUUGCCCCUGUGACCCAGAUUAGGAGCGUCAGCUCUCACUGCCUGUGGUACCGUCAGCUAGAAUAGCUAGUUUUCUGUUUUUUUUACCAUGUUGGGCUCGCAUGUCCUCUGUGACUCACUGUCAGCAGUAUUUCUCCACCCAGUGAGUUAGAACCCUUCACUAGCUCCCCCAUGAUGCUGAUAAAUCUGCUGCCUGCCUGUUUCAGUCCACAGUGUCAGGUUUGCACUCUGCUGAGCUAAACAGUCAAAUGUUCACCCUGCUUGAUAAGAGAGAAGUUUGCCACCGUCUUGCCUGCUUUUAAAUACAACAAUACAGUAACUCUGUCUGAGUCUACAGUCUGUGCUGUCUGCUGCUGAAGACCGGACUUACCUUUACUCUGGAAGUCUUCUUUGGACCUCUUAAGGACCUUGUUGACGUAUUUGAGGAGAUAAAUAAAUCCUCCAUUGUUAACAGUCGUCUUAGAGGAUUUACUCCAGCCACUUAGUCUUAUCCUUUCAGCGCAGGUAAAACGUUAAUGCAUGAUUAUAUAAAGAAGCAGGAAGUCAAAGUAGGGCUGGGCGAUAAAAGGAUAAUGAUACAUAUCAAAAAUUAAUUUCCUUCGAUAUCGAUAUGAAACAAGAUCAAUAUGCUUUUCGAUAGCCGGCGUUCUGCCAUGUUUUGGUAGAUUAUACGAAAAGGGGAGGUGCUCCAGGUCGCGCCGCGCUGAACCAAUCAUGUGCCGAAUUAGAACCAAGUAACAAACAGCUGUGUAGUGGCAGACAGCAGCUACACCCAACCAUAGCACUUAAAGAAAAAAAGAAAAUCAGCGCUACCCCCGACAGAAAUGACCAUGAAGGAGGAUUAGGGCCACAAGAAGAGAAAAAAAUAAUUACAGGAGUGAAAAUUUUUUAAUUUACUUUGGAAAAAAAAGUCAAAAAUUUCAACUUUAAUUAUGUCGACUUUAAUGCCGAAAUUUUGACUUUUAUCUCUAAAUUUUAACUUUUUGUACUUAAAAUUAUGAUAUUAUUCACGACAUUUCAAAAUUUUGUCAUCUCAAAAUUUUGGAUUUAAUCUGGAAAUGUCCAUUUUUAAUCUUGAAAUCUUGACUUUGACAUAAUUUCAUUUUUUUUAACUCAAAAUUUCAACUUUAAUCUCGAAAUUUCAAUUUUUAAGCUUAAAAUUUCAAUUUUUUUUCAUAAUUUCAUUUUUUAAAUCUUGAUAUUUUGACUCUUAUCUCAAAAUCUUGACUUUAAUCUCUUUUCUAAAAUUAUUUCUCUUCCUGUGGCCCUAAUCCUCCUUUUUUAAAUACAGAUGACGACAUUGUCGAAAAUGUCGGUGGUGUGGAGGUAUUUAGUUUUUUCGAGGUCGGACAUGAAGCAGAGUCGAGUACAUGUAACGAAGAAUAUUUCAGAUUGACAAGAGAUUUUUUUUAUAUCGUGAUUAUAUAUUGAUAUCGACUGAUAUGAAAAAAUAUAUCGUGAUAAACUUUUUCCCUUAUCGCCCAGCCCUAAGUUAAAGUUGAUAAGUUUGUUUACAUAGGUGCUGUAACAUCGCUGUAGUCUCUCAGACCUUUAAAAUAUUAACAUGUAUGAAGGUUUUGUGAUCCUGUCGUAGUAAAAACAAAAACAAUGAUUGAGGAAAUAGUUAAAUAGUGGGUGAACUUUUUAAAGGUUGACUGUAAAUAAAACCACAUUUUUAGAGUUUUAAGAGCCGUGUGCUUAAGAAAGUAUCUACUAUAGUUCCAGUCUCCCAUUGUUAGGAGCAGCAGUGUUUAGCUUCUGUUCAUUGUUUAGGAAGAAUGUGAAGUAUGUUGGACUGCGGCUGAGGUCUUUAACCUCCAAACCAAAAGGCACCACAGAGCUUAAGUCCCUGAUCUGUAAUUAUUACUGAGGCCGUUAGUCAGAUAGGCAUUAAGGUGGGGGAUCAUGAGCAGACUGCAGAUCAACAUCUGGGCACCGGUGACAGAGUGACCACAUGCAGUAACCUCUUAUUCUAUAAUGCAGGAGCCAGAACGCAAACUUUCAGAACCCUCGGUGUGAGAACACCCCCCUGAUUGGCAGGGAGUCCCCUCCACCCUCUGUAAGUGCACACUUUCUAGAACACACUCUCCCUCCACUACCUUCCAAUACCCACAAUGCAUCUGGUGUACAUGCAAAAGGUGGCGUUUUAUCAUUUUAUCGCAGCAGUAAUGAAAUCAGAGUGCAGUACAAUCUGCAUUAUUUGCUUUGGCGGCGUGCGAAGUGUGGAUAUUGGAAGGUAGUCCCCUCUCCCUACACCACUGCAAGUGUACUCUGUGCUCAAACUCGUCCAUGAUCAUGGAUCGCGUCUCUGAAGGUCAUUUUGGCAGCCUGGGAAUAACUGGACGCUUGAAAAGAAGCGGGUUGUACGUCGGAUAGAAGAGAGCCCGGCCUCUCCUGACCUGGAGUGCGAUUGUUACGGGUCACAAAGUUGUCCUCUACUUCUGAUGUAAACAUGUCUGGUUGGUUUGUGAUCUUUGAGGAGAAGUUGAACCAAAACCUUUCCUUUAAUUCACAAAGGUCACAGAUGGCUUUGUUUUAACUAAUCUGAAGUGCUGCUGUGCCUGCAGUUGUGGAUGUUUCUUAGUUUAAUCAUUCUGGGGCUGCAACACCACCACGGUCUGAUAAAUUUAACUCAGGAGUUUGAUCAGUUUGAUUACUCACCUGUAAAAUGAUCCGCCCCCUGAGUAAUCUCAAGCCCACACCUCUAAAGUUCCCGCCCCUCCCCCUGUUCCCACGGUGUGUCUAUGUUUGCAUUUUCUUGUCAAGAUGUUAAGUGUCCUCUGUUUCUGUUGCCCCUUCACCCUUCACCAUUAAACAAUCACAGGAGCACUUUUUCCCACUUCCACUGAAGAUCUGUAAAAAAACGGCCUCGAGUAAUCUCGGACCGGGGGGCCGCCGUCCUGAACCGGAGCGCUCAGCUGAGACCUCCCACAGUAACUAGCUAACUCUUAACUCAUACCAGGCUAACCUCCUACAUCAGAACUAGAGCACUAACUCCAAACCACUGACAACGUUUGACCACCUCUGCUAAUUUACAAUAACAUCAUCAGACCUAAUCAGCUCUUAACCAGUGAUUGUUGUAAUCGAAGGCCCGGCUGUCCAAAUGACUGCUCACAGUGAUUCUGCUCUACCUCUGUGUGUGUGUGUGUGUGUGUGUGUGUGUGUGUGUGUGUGUGUGUGUGUGUGUGUGUAAUUGAUCACCUCACCACCAUAUCUGAUUAUCUAAUUCUAUACUCAUCUGUCUCUAUUCAUCUCUUAAUCACUCUCUAUCUAUAUCUCUAUUUCUAUAAUCCCUCUCGUUAAUCUCAGUUUCUCUCGUCUGUUUUAAUCUCUGACCUUCUUUCUCCAUGAUUAUUUAUCUCUCUCUCUCUCUCCUUAUAAUCUUUAUCUCUAUCACUCCUUUUUCCCAUACCUCUCUUAUUCUCUUUCUGUUUCCGUCCAUCGUCUCCUCUCAGUCUCUCCUCACUUCCUUAUUUGUUUCCUUAUUUUCUUAAACACUAUUCCUACACGACUCUCCAUCUCUUUUUCUCUCUUUCUUCAUCUUUAAAUAGUUUUUCUCUCUUUUUUCUGACCUUUGUCCGUUUAAAGGGAUGUUCUGGCGUAAAAUUAAUUUAGGGUCAAACACACCGUAACACCAAGUUAGACCCCCCCUCCAGAGAUGAAUGUUGUCGACCGCUCGCUUCUCUAGUUAUACCAACUUUAGUAACGACCGCAGGAUAGUAAUACAGAGAGCCACACGCUCAACCAAAACGCCACUCUAUAGCCACAAAUAAUGCUCAGAACAGCACCUAACUUCAUCAACAGGACAUAUAGGGUCACAGACAUAGUACUAGACACCAAACAUCUUUUUAACUUUGACUAAGAGACUAGACACAACUCACCUACUCUCUUCCAAUUCCAUUAUGGACUACAGCGGGGUGCCGCAGCUCAAGGAAGAACAUUUAUGAUCAUUUCUUUAUCAUUUCCUUGAAGUAAUAAUCACCAUACUGAUCAUUUUACAGACGCGGUAGUUCUUCUGCCUUAGCGUCUCGGUCUGAUUGUAUUUCCAUGAAGAAAUGAUCAUAAAUGUUCUUCCUUGAGCUGCGGCACCCCGCUGUAGUCCGUAAUGGAAUUGGAAGAGAGUAGGUGAGUUGUGUUUAGUCUCUCUGCUAAAGAAAUGAGUCAAAGUUAAAAAGAUGUUUGGUGUCUAGUACUAUGUCUGUGACCCUAUAUGUCCUGUUGAUGAAGUUAGGUGCUGUUCUGAGCAUUAUUUGUGGCUAUAGAGUGGCGUUUUGGUUGAGGGCAUGGCUCUCUGUAUUACUAUCCUGCGGUCGUUACUAAAGUUGGUUUAACUAGAGAAGUAAGCGGUCGACAACAAUUAUCUCUGCAGGGGGGGUCUAACUCGGUUUGACCCUAAAUUAAUUUUACACCAGAAUAUCCCUUUAACUCCAUACGUCUUAUAUUUUACAAUAUCUAUCUCACUCUUCUUUUUUCCUCCCUACACUAACUCUCUCUUCUCAUUCUGCUACUUUCCUUCUUCUGUCUCCAUCACUUUGUUUCUCUGUAUCAUUUUUCCAUCUCUUCCUAUAUCUUUUUUGUCCAUUUGAUUUCCUUCCUGUCUCUCUCUCUUUUUCUUUAUUACCCAUUACUGUAGAUCCCUGUAUAUCCUUCUCUCUCUCUCUCUCUUGUUAUUUUUAUUUGUGUCCCUGUCUCAUUUGAUCUCUUCUUCCUUGUCGUUUCUUUCAGUCCAUCUCCUCUCUCUCUCUCUCUCUCUCUCUCUCUCUCUCUUUCUCUCUCUCUCCAUCUCUGUUCUCUCUUCUUCUGUUUCUGUCUGUCUCAGUUCAUAGCUCUCCGUCUCCGUCAUUAUUGAUCUGUUUAAACUCGGUCCGUUCUUCAGUUUCAGUCCGGACCUCGUCUCUAACUCUUUCUCUCUUUUAUAUCUCCCUCUGGUUGUCUCCUCUCCUCCCAUAUUUCCUCCCCUCCUCCACUCGUCCCUCCACCUCCUCAGUACACCUCCAGUAUGAGAGCUAAGUACCUCGCCACUAACCGACCGGACCAGAACCGACGCUCCGUACCCAACGACCAGCUGGACCCGGCCAGCCGGCCUCACCCCACUGCCAGACCACAGUCCUCAGUUCACUAGAGACCGGAGUCGCACUAGUCCAUUCCAGUACUGCCUGAAUCCAGUUCUCAAAGCCAACACACAAGAAGAAGAAGAAGCACCACAACAGGGACGACGAGUGUUUAAAGCGCCGCACACGGUUCGAGGUCGAGGUCCGCUGAAGUUCGCCAACACAAACCCAGGACUCAUCAACCAAGCACCUCAGCAAAGGACUGCACUUUGAAGGUCGAACCCGACUCCUCACCUUUAGUUUCAACCGAAGAAGAAAAAAAAAAAAAACCUCCUCUCCUUACCCACAAUCCUCUGCGGUUUCCAGUUCCCUCUCCUUUCCGAAUGCUCUUCUCCUCCGCUGGGAUCCGAACGCCGCCCUCUAGUGGAGACCGCCACUCUCACCACCCUGAAGCUCCUUUUCCAUUCAAACCGCACACUCACACACGACCAAAAGCACACACUCACACACACACUCACACACACACACUUGUACAGAGCUGUAAAUAGCGAACGUGCUUUACUCUGAUCUCAUGAGAAGUAGACUGUUGAAUCAUUACUGGUGAAGUGGCGUGCUGUGUGUUUCUCAUGACAAACCUUUGCUGUAUCUCUUAUUCCAACUCACAUCUGUAAAAAUAACACACCAGUGAAUCAGAAAGCCAUGUUUAGACCCAAGCAGUACCACCGCACACACUCACACGCACACUCACAUCCUCUUAGCCUAACACGUCGUCGAACUGAGACUUGAAUCCCGAGCUUGAAAAGCGCGUCCGCGUCUCUCUCUCUCCAUCUUUGUUUACAUGCACAUGCAGCAGCACACGAGUCGAUUCACGCAUUUUCCAACAUCGAGCCGGGGAACCCCCGAAGUGGACUGACUGUUGAGUUUUGGACCUGAGCGAGAGAGAAAACGGACGAGAGACGGCUCAAACCCUGUGCCAAAAAACUCUGAGAAAUGAGCGAUGCCUGAUUCUGUCCUCUCCUCGUACGGCCUCGAGCAGGAAAAGACUCUCGUGGACCGCAGUGGAAAAAUAUCAAGACUACACAUUCUGCAAGGUGCUAUGUGAGCCGGUGAAGGAUGAUCAGAUUUGAGGAGGGACAGUUUUCUUUCUUUCUUUUUUUUUUUUGUUACCUCAUUGUUUUAGUUUUCAUUCAGGGAUGUUAUCAGGAAAAACCCAGUAAGAAGAAAGCAGCUGAUGAUAGUGUCCAGAAACCCGUUUAAAAACAAACGUCCCUGAUAUAAAAAAAAGUGUUUAAAGUCGGUCAGUGAGGAGGUGGAUGUUUUUAUGUUUGUCCAUAAGCUGGAAUUGAGGAUGUGAAACUGUGACAAACUGUUCGAUUUUGUUUCUUCCUUUUUACUUCCUGUUCACCGGCGGCCUCAGAUCGACCGUCACGCCACUCUCUCUUUGAUUCUUUUGACCCACAAGCACAAAUUCUCCUCCAGGCGACUCUGCAAAGAUGGAGAAGUAAAAACACACUGCCUGGGAUACUGCCGGUGGAUUAUCUCCUCUGUGUACAGUGUAUAAAAAAAACUGUAUCUGUGAACCUGUGUGUGUGACAUCACUGCGGCGUGAUUGGCUAUUGCUCUGUCUCAGUGUUACUGUGUGUAAGUACGGUGAUCGGUGUGUCUGACUGGCAGCGAGCGAGUGGGCGAGCGAGCGAGGGCCAGCCUCAUUACUCCACACACAUCAUGCAUGUGCUCACACACAGACACACACACACAAACACACACACACACAUGCUGUACAGACAUCUUAAUCCAACACACACAUGAUUUCAUGUAAAAUCCAUAUUUUCCUACUUCUGUCCUGUUUACGUUCACUCUUACCCCCAAUUUCCACUGUAUCCAGAACGGCGGCGAAAAAGCAGUAUGUGCUGAUCGCUUCCAUCCAUUUUCUACCGCUUAUACCGCUGGAGCCUAUCCCAGCAUCUUCGGGCGAAGGCAGGGGACACCCUGGACAAGUCGCCAGUUCAUCGCAGGGCUGACAUAUAGAGACGAACAACCGUCCACGCUCACAUUUACACCUACGGGCAAUUUAGAAGUGGCCAAUUGACCUAACCGCACUUAGGCAUGUUUUUGGGAUGUGGGAGGAAACCCACGCAGACACCGGGAGAACAUGCAAACUCCACAAAGAAAUGCCCAGAGCUGGAUUUGAACCCGGGACCUUCUUGCUGUGAGGCAAUUUAAGUUAAUGUGUCCAAUUCCACCAGCCUCCUGUGGUUCAGUGAACUUCAUAGCCGAUCACCAGGGUUCUAAUUUUCCGGACGCCGCAGCAUGCCGCAUAAAUUCAGCACAGAUUAACCCGUGCAGGAAAGGAAGUCGGGCACAGACACAAAAUAAAACAUCCAGUUCCUUUUAAACGUGGGCGGGGACGAACAAGUGAAAGGUUUUUAGACAUCAUGAUUCUAGAAGUCUAGAAGUAGAUUUCCUCUUCCGGAAGGACACAGUCUACUGCUUAUAUGUCUAUGUGGCUGUCUUUAUAGAGACGACUCGUCAUCGCGCGUCUGCACAUGAAUUCGCGGGUUCUUCUGAGUUCUCGCGAUUCCUGCUGUCUGAAAUCCACCACGGAAUUCCAGAUAGCGAAAAUCGCCGCCGUUCCGGAUGCGGUGGAAAUUUGGGGUUAGCACUGUAGUAACCACGCGCCCCUCCCCCAACCGUGACAUCCCAUCAGUAACCAUUUGCAUUAUGGGUGAUGUAGUAGGUAGAAGCUGCGUUUCAGAGGAACUUAGCCUAACAUUCAAACACAUCUCAACCACCCAUUCCUGUACAGCAUUUUAAUAUGUUACUAUUAAUAAUCAAUGACCACUUCUCGUAUUAGCGAGACAAUCUUACAUGUGUGAUUUUACUAGAACAUGUCCAUGUUAUGGUAACAAUGCUACCUAUGGUCUAGUACUUUGAAGAGUUUUUUUGCACCAUCGAUGCAAACAAUGUUAAGAUCUGUGGGACUAGUCACUGAUUAAUGGCCUUUCAUAAUGUUUUUAAACUCUUACAACACUUCAUAUCGCAACAUGUUUUUUUAAUUUUUCUCUGUCUUGUAAAAAAAUGGAACUUUAAAGAUAAAAUAAUAGCUAGCUGUUUUGUAGGAGAAUAAAGGCAAGAGCAGCGUUUUUCCUCUCUUAUUAAUGGUGAAUGACUCUCUGUCUUGCAAUGUUUUAAUAAGACUAUUCCAGUGUCGUCUGCACACCUGAGGUGAAAGGUGGUAUUUGAAUUCCUGUGCAAUGAAUUCUGGGACUUGACCAAUCUGAUACAGUGUGUCUUAAUGAAAAAAAAAAAAACACUCGCGUAUGAGUAUCAGUAAUGAGUGUGUAUGUGUUCUUUACAGGACUUCAAGUACUCCUCUGUUCAGAUGUGACAGACAAACAAUGUUUUUUAUGGCUGUUUUUAUUUUCCGAUGGUUUAACUAAGAUAUUAAUGAUGUACAUGUCAAAACUGUGGUAAUGAUAUCAUUCAGCCUGGAAUAAAUGUUUUAAAAAAGGAAUUAAAGCAACUUUAACGUACUGACGGAGACCCGGGG